UGGUACUUGUUCUUGAGAAAGUGGCUUUCUAAAUUUUUCUUAGCGUCUUGCUUGAUUACUGAUAUAAAAUUAAACGGUUUUGUUUAGAACUAAAGUGUUUUACUGUUGUAAACUCUAAAAUACUGUUUUGUGACUGUCUUCUGUGUGUGACUGUUACUAAAUCACCGAUUAGAAAGCAACAUGGAAGCUGUGACAGUUCCGCCAUGAAUGCAAAAUAAAUAGAAAUUGAGAAGAUACUGAAGUCAGUAAGACAAGUUAGAAACUUCACGAUGUUGAGAGGUGGGCGUGGUGGCCGACACAGUCCCGAGCUGUAUCCUCACACCCUUAAGUGUUCUAACGCAAGCGACACAAGUUCUGCAUAUAGUGGUAGUGACACCAUGACAUCAGUACAUAGCUCCCUCGACAUGGAUGCUGAGAUUGAUCUUUCUGGUCUUCAUGAAUCCAUUGUGGAUUCAGAUGAGGAAGAAGACUUGGAGGAGAGUAUGGACAGCCUCACUGUACGUGAUGCAGUAAGAGAAUGUCUCGAGAAAGAUCCGAGUGAAAGAAAUCCUGAUGACAUUGAAAUCCUCCUGGAAUUCACGCAACACUUGAAGGCUUUCACUAAUAUGACACUAAAUGUUCGUAGAGCUCUGUGUGCUGUAAUGGUAUUUGCUGUGGUUGAAAAAGCUGAUACAAUUGUUAUGAAUGAUGGCGAAGAACAUGACUCGUGGUCUGUACUCAUUAAUGGUCAAGUUGGUAUUGAACAUCAAAAUGGUGAAAUUGAGUACCUCAAUGUUGGGGACAGCUUUGGUAUGGCAGAGGCUACUUUGGACAAAUUGUAUCAUAGAGGAGUAAUGACUACAAGAUGUGAUGAUUGUCAAUUUGUGUGUGUCACUCAAUCUGAUUAUUACAGAAUCCUGGACCGUAGUGAAGAAAACAUCAGGCGACAUGAGAAUGAAAAUGGUCAAGUAGUGUUGGUUACAGAAUAUAGAGGAACAGCCAGUGAAACAGGCCAUCAACAGGGUCAUGUGGUUAUUAGGGGCACUCCUGAACAGUUGAUGUUGCAGCUUAUUGAAGAUAACUCCCGAGAUUCUACAUAUGUUGAGGACUUUUUACUGACUCACAGAACUUUUAUUGAAAGUCCUCUUGUUGUAGCGAAACAGUUGUUGGCUUGGUUUUCUGAACCAUCAGUACGAGACAAAGUGACAAGAGUAGUACUACUUUGGGUAAAUAAUCACUUUACAGAUUUUGAGACUGACCCCAACAUGAUGGAAUUUUUGGAAAAUUUUGAAUCUGCAUUGGACCAUGAAAAAAUGGAAAGCCAAUUACGUUUACUGAAUAUAGCAUGCUCUGCUAAGGCUCGAACCAGGAGUGUUACUUUGACUCGUUCUUCAAGAGAUGAGCCACUUAAUUUUACUAUUUUAGGUGGAUAUGAAAGAGGAUAUGGGAUUUUUGUAUUUAAAGUAGAAAGACAUUCUAAAGCUGAAGAAGUGGGUCUUAAAAGAGGGGAUCAAAUCAUAGAGGUAAAUGGUCAGUCUUUUCAACAUGUCAGUCAUGCAAGAGCCAUGGAAAUAAUAACCAAUGCAACCCAUUUAAGUAUUACAGUUAAGAGCAAUUUAUUAACAUUUAAACAAAUGCUCUUAAUGCCAGAAAAUUCACCAAGACAAAGAGGUUGUAAUAAUAUGGUAAGAUGGCAGACAGAUCCAAGAGCAAGAUUGUCAACUGCAGAACUUUUAAGUGAUGAUCCCUUAAUACUUAACCCAGUAUUUCAUUCGCCAACAAAGAAACCACAGCAGAUAAAUAUUAAAAAGGAACCCCAAAAAGGUUUUAUGACUUUAGGCCCCAAAAGACUACAGAAGGCUUUAAUAAAGAUGAAUAUUCUUCCCAAAAAUACCAUAGCAGAUGGCAUACACAAUGAUGAUAGUAUCCUUUCAAAUGCUGAAUCACUUAAUAAGGCUAACAGUAGUACAUCAUUCUACAACUCCCACAGCAAUCCAGAUUUGAUAUCCAUAUGCUAUGAUGAAUAUCAAUCUUCAGACUAUCCGGAACAUGUUCUCAAAGUUUAUCGACCUGAUCAAACUUGUAAAUAUUUGCCAGUUCAUAAAGAGACAACUGCAAGGGAGGUAGUUAUGCUGACUCUUCAAGAAUUUGGCAUCACUGAACCGAGCUCCAAUUUUUCAUUGUGCGAAGUAACCGUUGCACAAGGUGGUAUUAUAAGACAUCACAGAUUACAAGAUCACUUGCAAAAUCUUGCCGAAAAAAUUGGGCUUAGCUCUCGAUAUUACAUCAAAACAAAUGGAGUGAGUGAAACUCUAUUACCCGAUGAAAUGGCACCAGAACUACUGAGGGAGAGUGUUGUUCACUUUCUUCAGCUGAACCCGCUAGAAGUUGCGGUUCAGUUAACCCUUCAAGAUUUCUGCAUAUUUCGUCAAAUUGAAAGCACUGAAUAUGUUGAUGAUUUAUUUGAAUUAAAAAGUAGGUAUGGAACACCAAUGCUGGCACAAUUUGCUGGACUUGUGAAUAUCGAAAUGUUUUGGGUUGUAACAGAAGUAGUAAAUGAGCAAAAUCUCGUAAGAAGAUCUAAAAUAAUAAAAAGAUUUAUUAAAGUUGCCCGUCACUGUAAAGAAUGUAAAAAUUUUAACUCUAUGUUUGCAAUUAUAUCUGGCUUGGGACAUGGUGCAGUCUCCAGAUUAAGAUCAACUUGGGAAAAGCUUCCAACCAAAUAUAAUAAACUUUUUUGUGACCUUCAAAUGCUUAUGGACCCAUCAAGAAAUAUGUCGAAAUAUAGGCAACUAGUUACAGCUGAACAGGGUAGAUCACCAGUGAUUCCAUUUUAUCCAGUCGUCAGAAAAGAUCUUACAUUUAUACAUCUCGGUAAUGAUACAAAAGUAGAAGGCAUGGUUAACUUUGAAAAAUUGCGAAUGAUCGCUAAAGAAGUGAGAACUCUCACAAAUAUGUGUAGUUCCCCCUAUGAUCUACUAACAUUGUUAGAGCUAGGAAAGCAGCCACCUUCCAAUGCAAUGGUUGCUUUAAAUCAGUUAUCAACUGGAAUGCAACAAGGACAAGUUACUGUUAAACGUAGAAAGAAAACCUCUAAUGUUCCGAAUCAUAAAAAAAUGUUUGAGGAGGCACAAAUGGUGCGUCGUGUUAAAGCAUACCUUAACGGCAUGCACGUAGAGACUGACGAAGAGCGUCUACAUGCACUUUCUCUAGAGUGCGAAAGUUCUGGACCCAUACCGGCGGUUCCGCGUCGUCGACACCCGUCACCAUCGCUGUCGACCACUAGCAGCGCCUCCUCUGCUAGUGAAGGUAAAAAAAGCUUCGCGGGUAAUAAAUUUGGCGCCGCUUCACCUCAAGCUGUGAGAAAGCUUCUUGCGUUAUCUGAACCCGCUAAAACGAGGCCACAUCAACCUAGACCCCCACCUUCGGGUCCCUCCCCAUGCUCUCAUCGUAGAGACGGUCCGGGCCCAGGAAUUUGCUGCCCGCGCACCGCUCACGAGAGAUCGCACUCCGAUACACCCACCCCUAUGCCCGUCGACUUGUCAGCUGAGAGCAGCAGUGUGACGUCGCUGGUUAACUUGCCAUUGAGAAAGACCGGUUCGGCCACUUCCAGCGACAGUGGCCACGGCUCCUGCACGACGGCGAGCUGCGUCCGCCCAGUGCCGCCACCGAGAAUGCCGUACAACACUUUAGCUGCGCAGGUGGCCCGCCUCGAGCGUUUGAGCCGCGCACAUUCUCACGAGGGCGUCACGAGGCCGUAUGAUUUCUAUCACGACACACCCGACGAUGACGAUGAUGAUCAGCAAGUUUCGGCAGUUUGAAAUUUUCAAUACUCUUAUUAAUGUCUAUUUAUAUAAAUCAUAAUAAAAUAAUUAUUAUUAUGUAAUCUCACGUGACCGAUAGCAAGCACGAAAUCUAUAAAUUUUCUUAUAUGAUUACAAUGUGUAUGUACCCCCUUGUAACUAAGUAUAAAGACUGUAUAAUUUUAACAUUUAAUUAGAAUUCCUAGUGUUAUAUAGUGUAAAAUUGUUAAGCCAAGUCUCUUUUUAAUUAUUAUUAUUAUUAUUAAAUCUAAUGUGACCCACCAUGUUCCAAUUUUAAUAUAUUUAACUAGUAGCAUUAAUUGGUGAUUUAUUUAGCUGUACUCGCCUUUAUAUCUCUACAUUCCGUUGUUUGUACAUUUUAAUAAUUUUGAUUAUUAUUUAUAAUAAUGCGCAACUUAGACCAAAUGAUAAUUAAUGUACCUUUUUAAUAUUUACCAUAUCUUUUAAUAUUUUUGUAGCUUUGAGGACCAAUAAUGUGUUUGUAUUUGUAUGUUAUUUCUUAUGGUAGCAACCAGUUAUAAUUUGUUUAUAUCGUGGUUUCAAUUAAUUAUUGUAUUGUAAUUGUAAAUAAAACCAUAUAAUACAU